UGAAGAGAGAAGAAAUGCUUCUGGAUUUGGAUCAGUCUGUGAAUGAUUCUUGGAUUGUCUUGAGGAGCAUUGCUCCAUAACCAUGAACUUUGGUAAACCAUCACAUAACUUAAGUUCUGGUUGUAAAGCUGUAAAUCACAAAAACACCUACUGAGGACUUUAAUUUCACAGCUACUUAAAACAGUGGGUGCAGCUCUACUCCUCUUCAGUGUGUUCUGACUUCAACUCGUGCACAGGACUGAAAAAGGAAGGAAAUAACAGCAGUGAAGAUGGGAAAGCGGCACUUCUCAGGGCUGGAGUUUUCCCUGAUGAUGUUGUUUUCAUUGGUGUUGGUGGUUGCUGUCGCAAUGGUCGUUUUACUGGCCACUGGGGAACCAGGGACUAUGAAAGAAGGAUCAGAUCCAGACAUCAUCCCAGAAUGUCCCAACAUUCCAGAGGGAGAGAGAGUGGACUGUUUCCCAGAUGGCAGCGCUUCCCAGCAAAAAUGUUUGGAAAGGGGUUGCUGUUGGAGCCCCUUGAGUGAGACAAAUGUCCCCUGGUGCUUUUUCUCCAAAAACCACGGCUACAGCGUGGUCAGCGAAAGCAAGCCAGACAGCACACAUAUUGAGGCCAAGCUGACAAGAAUGGAUGCUCCAUCUCUAUUUGGAGCUGAUAUUAAACAGUUGACCUUCUCUGCUGAAAUGCAGACAGAAAACCGUCUUCGAUUUAAGAUCACUGAUGCAAAUCAAGCAAGGUUCGAGGUUCCUCACGAGCAUGUGCAGUCACUUUCCGACACUCCCAGCGGACCCCUAAAAUAUAGACUGGAGCUGAUCCAGAAACCCUUUGGGCUGAAAGUUUGGAGAACAACAUCUCCUCAAAAACUUUUGUUUGACACAACCAUUGGGCCACUGGUUUUUGCUGAUCAGUACCUUCAGCUCUCAGCUAAACUCCCCUCUCACAAUAUUUAUGGCCUUGGAGAGCAUGUCCAUCAGACCUUCCGUCAUGACACCAACUGGAGGACCUGGCCUAUCUUCACAAGAGAUGCUUUUCCCAAUGGGGGCACACACAACCUGUAUGGCCAUUACCCCUAUUUCACAUGUCUGGAAGAUGCAAGUGGACAAUCCUUUGGUGUUUUCCUCAUGAACAGCAAUGCUAUGGAAGUGACAGUUCAGCCUGCUCCGGCCGUAACCUUCCGGACUAUUGGUGGGGUUCUGGAUUUCUACAUCCUAGUUGGAGAAACACCGGAAAGAGUGGUGGACGAGUUCACGAAACUGAUUGGCAGGCCUUUCAUCCCUCCGUACUGGUCUCUGGGCUUCCAGCUCUCUCGCUGGGACUACGGCAGCCUGGAGGAGGUGAAGAAAGUCGUGGAGAGAAAUCGACAGGCCGGCCUUCCGUAUGAUGUCCAGUACACUGAUAUUGACUACAUGGAGAACAAAAAGAUCUUCACCUAUGAUAUGGAGAAAUUUGCAGAGCUGCCUCAGUUUGCUGACUACAUGCAUGAUAAAGGGCAGAAAUACAUCGUCAUACUGGAUCCUGCCGUAUCCACAGGUCAAAGGAUAAACGGACCCUAUGAAGCACUUGAGAGGGGACAUGCAGCUAAGGCUUGGGUCACUGAACCAGAUGGAGAAACACCUUUACUGGGAGAGGUCUGGCCAGGGGAAACUGUGUUUCCUGAUUACACUAACCAGGCUUGCAUUGAUUGGUGGGUUGAUGAAAUUUCCCGGUUCCACAAGCAAGUCAAGCAUGAUGCUCUCUGGAUUGACAUGAAUGAGGUGGCCAAUUUUGUGAAGGGAGGCAUUAAAGGCUGCGCUGAUAACAAACUCAACUAUCCUCCAUUCACCCCAAGUAUCCUCGAUGACCUGAUGUACAGUAAGACUUUAUGCAUGGAUGCUAAACACAAAUGGGGGAACCACUAUGAUGUCCACAGUCUGUAUGGGUACUCUAUGGUCCUGGCCACUGACAAGGCGUCAAAAGCAACGUUUGGGACGAGCCGUUCCAUGGUCUUCACCCGCUCCUCCUUCCCUGGGGUGGGCAAAUACUCUGGGCACUGGUUGGGAGACAACGGUGCCAACUGGAAUGACAUUAAGUGGGCGAUACCCGGCAUGCUAGAGUUUAACCUCUUCGGAAUCCCUUAUAUCGGUGCGGAUAUCUGUGGGUUCUUUGACAACUCGACGGAGGAGCUUUGCACACGUUGGAUGCAAGUGGGCGCGUUCUACCCCUUCAGCCGUAACCACAACGCACAAGGUUAUGCGGACCAGGACCCUGCAGCAUACGGCUUUGACUCUCUCGUGGUGAACACCUCCAGGCAUUACCUGAACAUUAGAUACAUGCUCUUGCCGUACCUCUACACUCUGUUCUACAAGGCCCAUGUUAACGGAGAGACCGUAGUGCGUCCCAUGAUGCAUGAGUUCUAUUCUGACAGUGAAACCUGGGCAGUGCACAAACAGUUCAUGUGGGGAGCACAUCUUCUCAUCACACCUGUGCUGGAUCCUGGAGUUGAAUUUGUGGAGGCCUAUAUCCCAGAUGCCAUCUGGUACAACUUUGAAACGGGGGUAAAGAUUACAGAUCGCAAAGCAACAAUUCAAAUGCUCCUGCCAGAAGAUAAAAUUGGUUUGCAUCUGAGAGGUGGAGGCAUUCUGCCUGUACAGAGACCAGAUGUCACCACUACAUACAGCCGGCGUCAUCCCAUGGGACUGAUCGUCGCACUCAAUGACAACAAGGCUGCGUCAGGCGAGCUAUUUUGGGAUGACGGAGACUCUCGAGAUACUGUUGCAUCUGGUGAUUACAUUCAUUACCAGUUUUCCGUGGCUAAUGAUGUUUUGUCAAUGCAAGUUGCCCACAAUGGAUACCGGGAUCCAAAUAACUUGAAGUUUGAGAACAUCACGGUGUUGGGAGUGACUGCAGCUCCUGCUGUUGUGACCGUUUCAGACGGCAACACUGUUAUCUCUCUGUCUGACUCCCAGAUUCAAUAUGACAAGCAGGUGCUACAUCUGAAAAAUUUGGAGCUGGAACUUGGGAAGGACUACACAGUCAACUGGGAUGCCAAAAUCCCUGCAAGUAUUGAUUGCUAUCCUGAAGGGAGUGAAGACCAGGCCAAAUGUGAAGCCCGCGGCUGCAUCUGGGAGCCAUCAAGUAUCCCUAAGUGUUAUUACUCCGAGAACCACGGCUACAUCACCAGCAAAAAGGUUGAGACACUAAGCGGCAUCACUGUAGAUAUAGACCGCAAUACUGAAUUCCCAAGUCAGCGUUCUCGAUCUCGAGACAUCAGCAAGCUACGGGUGAAUAUCACAUACCUGAGUGGAAGAAGCCUACGUUGGAAGAUCUUUGACCCAGAAAAUGCACGCUACGAGGUCCCCAUUCCCCUUGACCUGCCAGCCGCACCAGAAACAGUGGAAAACAACAGAGACUAUAGGGUUCAAAUCAAUGACAAACCAUUUGGGAUCCAAGUGAUCAGAAAAGGAACAGAAGAAGUGAUAUGGAACUCUGCCGUGCCGGGGUUCAUUUUCUCCGAUCAGUUCCUUCAGAUCUCCACACGCCUUCCCACAGAAUAUGUCUAUGGUUUUGGUGAAACAGAGCACCCUACCUAUAAACAUAACCUCAACUUCAACAAAUACGGCCUGUUUGCGAAAGACCAGCCUCCAGGGUAUAAGCUGAACAGCUAUGGAGUUCAUCCAUUCUAUAUGGGACUGGAGAAAUCCAAAAAUGCUCAUGGCGUCCUCCUGCUCAACAGCAAUGCUAUGGAUGUGGCCUUCCAACCUACUCCAACUCUGACCUACCACACCAUCGGAGGUAUCUUGGACUUCUACAUGGUGAUGGGACCCACUCCAGAAGAAGUUGUUCAGCAGUACACUGAGAUGAUCGGCCGCCCGGUUCUUCCAGCCUACUGGUCGCUCGGAUUCCAGCUUUGCCGCUACGGCUACUCCAAUGAUACAGAGAUCGCAGAUCUUUACAGAGACAUGAAAGCAGCUCAAAUACCUUAUGAUGUGCAAUAUGCAGACAUUGACUACAUGGAGAGGCAGAUGGACUUUACGCUGGACCAAGAUAAUUUUAAAGAACUGCCUACUCUGGUGGACCAGAUGAGAGCUGAGGGAAUGCGUUUCAUCUUCAUCCUGGACCCGGCGAUAGCGGGCAAUGAGACAAAAGGCUCCUACCCUGCAUUUGAGACCGGAAUUCAAAAAGACGUUUUCAUCAAAUGGCCUUCUGAGUUCAGCAAUGACAUUGUGUGGGGGAAGGUAUGGCCUGACUAUCCCAAUAUCACUGUGGACAAUUCUUUGGACUGGGAUACUCAAGUAGAGCUAUUCAGAGCUUUCGCAGCAUUCCCUGAUUUCUUCAAGACCAGUACAGCAGAGUGGUGGGGAGAGCAGAUUAAAGACUUUUACAACAACAUCAUGAAGUUUGACGGACUCUGGAUCGACAUGAAUGAGCCGGCCAGUUUUGUGCAUGGCACCGUUGGAGAAAAUUGUCUAGGGAAUAAAGAUUUAGAAGAUCCUCCAUACAUGCCCCCACUGGAGUCCAUGCAGAGAGGUCUAAAGCACAAGACUUUAUGCAUGAACAGCGAGCAGAUCCUGGCUGACGGCACACGUGUCAAACAUUACGAUGUCCACAACUUGUAUGGCUGGGCUCACACAAAACCCACUUAUGAUGCUUUGCUUAGUACAACUGGAAAGAGAGGUGUCAUAGUUACCCGUUCAACAUACCCGUCUAGUGGACGCUGGGCAGGACAUUGGCUGGGAGACAACUACUCCGCCUGGGACCAGCUUCUGAAGUCCAUCAUAGGCAUGAUGGAGUUCAGCAUAUUUGGCAUCCCUUACACCGGGGCUGAUAUCUGCGGCUUCUUUAACACUGCUGAAUAUGAGAUGUGCUUGCGCUGGAUGCAGCUUGGAGCUUUCUAUCCAUUCUCCAGAAACCAUAACACCAUCAACAUGCCAAGACAGGAUCCCGUGGCCUGGGGACCAGAGUUUGCUGAGAUGUCUCGUGAUGUGCUGAACAUUCGCUACACCCUCCUGCCGUAUUUGUACACACUGAUGUAUGAAGCCCACGUGCACGGAAACACUGUGGUCAGACCCAUGCUGCACGAGUUUGUCACAGAUGAAAAAACCUGGGGCAUUGACAAACAGUUCCUCUGGGGUCCCGCUCUUCUAAUCACACCUGCUCUGGACCUGGGCGUCACUGUGGUCAAGGGAUACCUGCCAAAUGGCGUCUGGUACGAUUACCACACGGGUAAAGCUAUAAGAACAGGAGGAGAGUUUGUGGAUAUGGAUACACCGUUAGACAAAAUUAACCUGCAUGUGAGAGCAGGCCACAUUCUUCCCUGGCAGAAACCAGAGAACAACACGCACUACAGUCGUCAGAAUACUCUUGGUCUGAUUGUUGCUCUUGAUGAUGGAGGUGCAGCAAAGGGAUCCCUGUUCUGGGAUGAUGGAGAGGGAAUCGAUACUGUCCAGAAUGGCAAAUACCUCUUGACAUCUUUCUCUGUGUUUGAUCGCACUCUUACCAGUGAGGUUUCUAUGAAUGGGCUGGCCGAGGCUGACAGACUGACCCUGGGUGUCGUGAGGGUUUGGGGAGUAACAAGCAGUGUCACUCAGGUUACCAUGACAGUGAAUGGGAAACCUGAUGCCAACUUGGUUUUCAAAUAUAACCCUGAGACUCAGGAGCUGAAUAUUGACGCUUCAUCACAAUCUCACACCAUCGAAAAACCUUUCAAAAUCACCUGGAACAAAACUUAGUCAUGGACACAAGUCUACAGAGAGCAGCUUGAGACAAGAGCAAUCAAACGAUUGUUUACGUUUUUAUUUAUGAAUUUUCAGUCAACUAGUAAUUUAUUUAACAUUUCUGUUGGAAGCUUUUUAUGGAUAUCGUCUGGAUUUAAAA